AUGAGCCUGAAAGCAUAUUUUCUCUUGCCCAUUUACAUCCUUUCUGAGUUCUUGUUCCUCGCCCUGACCCUUCCAUCUUUUGAAUGUUCUCGUGCGGUCCAGACACCGGAUUCCGGUAGAUUGCACACCGUUGAAUCUCAAUUCCUGCACUCACGACGCGUCAACAUGAGCCAAUACGAAUCCAACUUCUAUGGUGGAGGAGGAGGAUAUCUACAAGGAGGCUCUCCAUUCAGCCAGAGUGGGAGUCCAGGUGGAGUCAGGAGAACGGAAAUAUCGAACUCUCUGAGGCCGUUCACCAUCGCUCAACUCAAUAAGGCGACACAAGCGCAUACAGACGCCGAGUGGAGGGUGGAUGAUGUGGAGGUUGGCCAGGUGACGGUGGUUGCGCAAGUUGUCACUAUCAACAGGCAAGCGACCAACUGUGUCUAUCUAAUCGACGACGGGACUGGUCAGAUCGAAGCGCGGCACUGGGUGGACUCGAAUGAAGAUGAGGGUUCAAAAUGGGGUGGAAUUCAAGAACAACGCUACGUCCGAGUCACUGGAGGACUGAAAGCUUUCGGCAAGAAAAGGUACAUCAACACCAUCCACAUUCGCGACGUGAAGGAUCCCCAUGAAAUCUACUUUCAUACCCUCGAAACAAUCACCGUCAGCCUGAUUCAUGAACGCGGCCCUCCCAACCAAAAUGCCCAACAAAAGGCUGAUGGUUCCGGGAGCAGCAUGAAUGCGUACUCAGCACAAGCUGCGUCUGGUGGUCUAAGCGAUCAAUUUGCCCACCUUCCACCCUUACAGCGGGCCAUCUUGAAGUUUAUUAUCGACCAGCCACCGCGGGACGAAGGUAUUCAUGUUGCUCUCAUUGCCAAAGCCAUCGGUGCAAGUCCCGAGGACGCAAACAAAAUCGGUGCUGCAUUGGAUAAGCUGAUGGACGAAGGCCAUGUGUAUACCACGAUCGAUGAUUCUCACUUCAAUGUGUCACUUUAA